GGGUCGGACUCCGCAAUGGCGGCCUGCAUGUUCUACUGCAAGCUAUUGGCUUCCGCUGCCCUUCGGAACCAUGGCGCUAGGACAACGCUACGGGCCGCCACCCAGGUUCUGGGAAGUUCUGGAUUGUUUAAUAACCAUGGGCUUCAAGUACAGCAGCAACAGCAAAGGAACCUCGCCCUACAUGAAUACCUGAGCAUGGAAUUGCUGCAAGAAGCUGGUAUCUCUGUUCCCAAAGGACACGUGGCUAAAUCACCAGAUGAAGCAUUUGCAAUUGCUAAAAAAUUAGGUUCAAAAGAUGUUGUGAUAAAGGCACAGGUUUUAGCCGGCGGUAGAGGAAAAGGGACGUUUGAAAGUGGCCUCAAAGGAGGAGUGAAGAUAGUUUUCUCUCCAGAAGAAGCAAAAGCUGUUUCCUCACAAAUGAUUGGGAAAAAGUUGUUUACCAAGCAAACUGGGAAAAAGGGCAGGAUAUGCAAUCAAGUAUUGGUCUGUGAGAGAAGGUAUCCCAGGAGAGAAUACUACUUUGCAAUAACAAUGGAAAGGUCAUUUCAAGGUCCUGUGUUAAUAGGAAGUUCUCAGGGUGGUGUCAACAUUGAGGACGUUGCUGCUGAGAGUCCCGAGGCCAUUGUUAAAGAACCGAUUGAUAUUGUAGAAGGCAUCAAAAAGGAACAAGCUCUCAGGCUUGCACAGAAGAUGGGAUUUCCACAAAAUAUUGUGGAUUCUGCAGCAGAGAACAUGGUCAAGCUUUACAACCUUUUCCUGAAAUAUGAUGCAACCAUGGUAGAAAUAAAUCCAAUGGUAGAAGAUUCAGAUGGAGCUGUGCUGUGCAUGGAUGCAAAGAUUAAUUUUGAUAGUAACUCGGCUUAUCGCCAGAAGAAAAUCUUUGACCUACAGGACUGGACCCAGGAAGAUGAAAGAGACAAAGCUGCAACUAAAGCAAAUCUCAACUACAUUGGACUGGAUGGAAAUAUAGGCUGUCUGGUAAAUGGUGCUGGUCUGGCUAUGGCCACAAUGGAUAUAAUAAAACUUCAUGGAGGAACUCCAGCCAACUUUCUUGAUGUUGGUGGUGGUGCCACUGUUGAUCAAGUAACAGAAGCAUUUAAGCUUAUCACUUCAGAUAAAAAGGUACAGGCUAUCCUGGUCAACAUUUUUGGAGGGAUCAUGCGAUGUGAUGUUAUUGCGCAGGGUAUAGUUAUGGCAGUCAAAGACUUGGAAAUUAAAAUACCUAUUGUGGUACGGUUACAAGGUACACGAGUUGAUGAUGCGAAGGCACUAAUAGCAGAUAGUGGACUAAAAAUCCUUGCUUGUGAUGAUUUGGAUGAAGCUGCUAAAAUGGUUGUAAAGCUCUCUGAAAUAGUGACCCUAGCCAAACAAGCGCAGGUGGACGUGAAAUUCCAGUUGCCACUCUGA